AUGAAUUUCACCCAGCACCAUGGGACGCUACAGCCUCUCCAUUUCUGGAACCACAGCUACGGACUGCAUGGAGGUGCCAGCGAGCCCAAUGCAAAGGGCCACUCCUCGGGAGGCUGCUACGAGCAACUCUUUGUAUUCCCCGAAGUGUUUGUGACUCUGGGUAUCAUCAGUUUGCUGGAGAACGUCUUGGUCAUUGUGGCGAUAGCCAAGAACAAGAACCUCCAUUCGCCCAUGUACUUCUUCAUCUGUAGCUUGGCAGUGGCUGACAUGCUAGUGAGUGUAUCUAAUGGAUCAGAAACUAUUGUCAUCACUCUGCUAAACAACACAGACACAGACGCACAGAGCUUUACCAUAAACAUUGACAAUGUCAUUGACUCAGUGAUUUGCAGUUCCUUGCUUGCAUCAAUUUGCAGUCUCCUCUCAAUAGCAGUGGACAGGUACUUUACUAUCUUUUACGCCCUCCAGUACCAUAAUAUCAUGACGGUGAAGCGUGUAGGGGUCAUCAUCACAUGCAUCUGGGCUGCUUGCACAGUCUCAGGCAUUUUGUUCAUCAUUUACUCUGACAGCAGUGUUGUCAUCAUCUGCCUUAUUAGCAUGUUCUUCACUAUGCUUAUUCUCAUGGCAUCCCUCUAUGUCCACAUGUUCAUGAUGGCUCGGAUGCAUAUCAAAAAGAUUGCUGUUCUUCCAGGGACUGGCCCUAUUCGCCAGGGGGCCAACAUGAAAGGGGCCAUCACUCUCACCAUCCUGAUUGGAGUUUUUGUUGUGUGCUGGGCUCCAUUUUUCCUGCACCUCAUUUUCUACAUCUCCUGCCCCUACAACCCUUACUGUGUGUGCUUCAUGUCCCAUUUUAACUUCUACCUCAUCCUCAUCAUGUGCAAUUCCAUCAUUGAUCCACUCAUCUAUGCAUUCCGGAGUCAGGAGCUCAGGAAAACAUUCAAGGAGAUUAUAUGCUGCUGUAACCUGAGAGGGCUUUGUGAUUUGCCUGGAAAAUAUUAA